CAUUAGGGUGGCAGCCAUAUUAUCGGUCCUGUACACGGGGAGUCUCGGUGUACGCCCAUUAGACCUACGGACCUUAUUACACGUGUACAAAUGGAAGAAACUAAGAUUAUUUAUCACAUAGAUGACGAGGAAACUCCAUAUUUAGUGAAAAUUCCUAAAGCACCUGAUAAAGUAACGUUAUCAGAUUUCAAGAAUGUUCUCAACAGACCAAGUUAUAAAUUUUUUUUUAAGUCUAUGGACGAUGAUUUUGGGGUAGUCAAAGAAGAAAUUAUAGACGAUGAUGCACCGCUUCCAUGUUUCAACGGCAGGGUAGUUUCUUGGAUUGUAUCGGCAGAUAGCAGCGUUGUGUCAGAUAAUGUGUCACAAUGUGCGGAGGUGGAGGGCGGCCGGCCGCCUCCAUAUCACCAUGGAGAUACAACAAGUCAGUUGGAGGAUUCAACAUGUACUGAAACAGAGAGCGUUAUCUCCACCCGGAGAGGUGAGCAUGAGCGGCACCACAGAAGUUCGCGACACCAUAAGUAUGAUAAAUACAAUGACCGACACUUUGUGGAUCAUGGCAGCCAUAUUGGAAAACCUGUUACCAGUAACGCGUCCAAGAUCACGGGGCCAUCCUUUUAUCCCCAUGCUCCCACAUCAAUGCGCAUCAAUGGUCAUGGAAGUCGUGUGCCUCGUCACCACGGUUACGAAUCCUCUUCCAUGAUUAGCUCUGAUCUAGAGUCUACUAGCUUUUUUGAUUCUGAUGAUGAUGCCUCCAGUCGUAUCACUGCCACAACUACAGGAAGCAGCAGCGUAUCAAGACUCCAUGCUCGCCAUCGUCGGAAAAAGCAGCGGCGUCACCGUCUCCAACCCGCCAUGUCUCGCACCUCCUCUAUAUCCUCAAUCACCGACUCCACUAUGUCUCUUAACAUCAUCACUGUCACUUUAAAUAUGGACACUGUAAACUUUCUAGGCAUUUCCAUUGUUGGCCAAUCAAGUAAAGGCGGCGAUGGGGGUAUUUAUGUGGGAUCUAUAAUGAAGGGUGGAGCAGUAGCGUUAGAUGGUCGUAUUGAGCCGGGAGAUAUGAUAUUACAAGUUAAUGAUAUCAACUUUGAAAAUAUGAGCAAUGACGAGGCUGUUAGAGUUUUACGAGAAGUAGUCCAAAAACCUGGGCCUAUCAAGCUUGUUGUUGCAAAAUGUUGGGAUCCCAAUCCAAAGGGAUACUUCACCAUACCUCGCACCGAGCCUGUCCGGCCCAUCGACCCCGGUGCGUGGGUUGCACACACUCAAGCAUGCCGAGGAAUUCCAGGAGAGUUUCCUGGUCGCCCGCCAUCAGUCAGCACCCUCACCUCCACCAGCUCCUCCAUCACCUCCAGCAUCCCUGAGUCAGAGAGACCAUAUGAAGAAAUGAAGCUAACGGUAAAUACGUCUAUGGACACCAUAGUGCGAACGAUGGCAGCUCCUGAUUCUGGUCUAGAGAUCAGAGACCGUAUGUGGCUCAAGAUUACCAUACCAAAUGCUUUCAUUGGUGCAGAUGUAGUAGAUUGGUUGCAUCAAAGAGUAGAUGGCUUUCAAGAUCGGAGGGAAGCCCGCAAAUAUGCAGCACAGAUGCUCAAGGCAGGCUAUAUUAGACACACCGUAAAUAAAAAGGACUUCUCUGAACAGUGCUACUAUGUCUUUGGUGAUCUCUGUGCCAGCUUAGCAGGUUUGAAGUUAGGAGAAGAGGAUACUUUGAGUGAAGCCGAUCGGGACACACUAGCACCAUUACCGCCUCCCUCUGGCACUUCCCCAUGGGGUGGCCCACAUAUGCCCUAUGCUGGUACCUACGUUCCCCCUGCCACGGGAUACACGCCUAUGCCAUUUAAUUAUACCAAUGAAUCCUAUGCAUUUAAUAGAGAUGGCAGUACUAAUAGUGGUUCUGGUAGUAGUGGUGGAACCCAAAAGAAAGUAGAACGAAAAUCUGCCUCUCCAGCCCAGAGUGGAAGCGACAGUGAAGCAAGUCAGCGUAGCGCGCGCCGGUUAGGGAGUGGUGGAGGUGGCUCUGGUAGUGGCAGUGUUGGUGGUGGUGGUGGAGGUGGUGGAGGAGGAGGUGGUGGUGGAGGCACUGGGGGAGGUUCCAGUGGUUCAGAGAGAUCAACUGCCACCACAUUGUCCCAACAACCACCACAACAGCCACUUCUGUCACAUCCCACUCUUCAGCACCCAACAGGUGUGCCUCCAUCGUACCCUUCACAUCCUCCAGCCCAUCUCUCUCAUACAAAAGGAUUACCUCCUCUUAUUCCAUCCCACCCUCCUCCUCAUACUAUCCAUCCACAUCCACCAGGCAUUCCUCCCCCUCAUACCACCCAUCCACAUACACCAGGCAUUCUUCUCCCUCCACAUAGCCACCCUCAUCCCCCUCCACCAGCCUAUUCCCUUCCUCCUCAGUCCAGCCAGCCACAUCCAGCUCCGCCUUCCCGUCCUGUGGAACAGAUGAGUCCUGACCUGGCUGCCAGUACCAACAGUUUCAACAUGGCCAUGGACAACCCCUGCAACUUUUUUGUUGAUUCUGUUUGAAACUUUGUUUGAGGAGGACAUUCAAGGUUACCAGUUUAGUGACCGCAGCUAGUCACAUUGAAGGUGGGCCCCAGACAACCACAGCCCGAGCUUAAAUCUCAGUGGAAACUGUGUCAAAUAUCGGUGAAGCCGCUUAAUGUUAUCAGCAUAAAUGAUGUUGCAAUAAACUGCUUCUUGUUGCUUCUAAGAUGGCCUCCCUAGAUUUUGGUUUUUAAUCCGUAUAAACCAAGGCAUUGUAAUGAAAUUUAAGUAGUGGUAAUGAUAAUAGUGGAAUAACUUAUGAGCUCCAAUAAUAUAUUUUUUUAAGUGUACCAGUAAUUACAUACAGUGCAGCACAAGUUAAUGUUACUCACGUUCACAGUUCAUCAUAUUCUCUAAUAAUUUAUUCAAGAUAAGAUUUCGUACCUGUCAUUAUUUCACGAGGUAUUUUCCCACAUUAUCAAAAGUGGUCGUAUGGGAGGAUACCAGGUCUUUGAACACAAAUCAGUUCAUGAAUACAUCAAAAUAGCUGCUAAAGUGGGUGAUAACAUUAUUCAGGUUUUGCUAUUGCUUAGAACAGCAGGUGGCCAAGAAAAAUGACAGUGACAUUUAGUAUGAGACACAUGUGUUUCAUCGCUUCAUCUUCAAAAGUCAUAACAAGUCAGGCAAGAAUUCUGUCUGUACCUCUAAGGGGAAAUUGAAGAUGUGAACCUAUGUAAGAUUGGUAGUGAAAAUUUAACAAUUUUGCUCUAUCUGGCUGUAUUCUCUCUAGUGGUCUUCAGUUUUAUGGAAAACACAAGAAUAUGAAAUACAGUGAGAGCUCUUGGUAUAUGCAUGUUUUUUUUUAGCAAUCUGGCUUUGAUGUCAAUGCAAGGAAUAUGUUGCAAAAAUAUUUUUUUUUUAUUUUUUUUUUUGCAUAGUCAAGUUGAAAAUCAAAGCUACAAGUGUUUGACAACAUACAAUAGUUAUUUCCUAUUGUUGUGAAAAAAAGAUGACUUUAAUGUUGAAGGUAAUCCAAUUUUAAAAGUGCAAAUUACUGAAAAAGGAUUUUCAUAACUUUAAAGUGACUUCCAAGUAUUGCAUUUCUACAGAUUCGUAUGCAAUAAUUUGACACAGAUGGCAAUUUUGGUUGUGGAGUUUCAAGAUACUGUAGCUGACUCUGCAACUGGUUUAUGCAACUUUGUAUUAGAAUUGUGUUUAUGACUUGUAGGCUACAGUAAGUAUAAAAAAAAAGUCAGUUCUUGAGCCUUGUACUGUACUUGAAGUCAUUAGUUGUCAUUGUUUUGUGAUAUAUUAAGACUCCAUUGGUGGGUUCACCAGGAAGUUCAUCUUUUGGGUCUGAAUCAAAUCAACUAAUGAAAAAUGGAAUAAGUAUUGCUUAUUAGCUCACCUUAUCUUUUCUGUCAAAAAAACAGGAAUGGUAAGGAUCCUAAAGAGUGUUAAGGGAACAGAAGACAGGAGCAGUGUGUAAAUUAUGGGCGGAAGGGCCGUGACUGCAUGUUUUAUGUUUGUCACGGCGUUCCAUAAAAUGCAGCUAUCAGAUUAUUAGGUAAGGUUUUAGUAUUUUUUUAAACUCAUUUUAAAUGGCGGAUAUAAGUUUGAGUUAUAAUCAAAUGUAUUGAGUAAUAUUAUUUAUGUGCAAAAACUUAUGUGUCUGUGAUGAGCAGGUGCAUUUCUUAAAGAUCAUUGAAUUUUUAUCAACUUUGUUGAAAGAGAUAAUAAAAUGUAUUUUAUUAAAAUGUCUCCAUUCAGAUCUUUUUAACUUUGCUUGGAAUUUUUCACAAUUCAUGUGAAUUUUGAAAAAUGUAUUUCCAAUACUACUGUGCCACAGUAACAGUAUUUAUUAAAUGGAGAAUCAUGGCAAAGAACUUCACACGUGCAGGAAUGAGAGAAUCAGUUAGAUUGAAUGAAUAGCUUUGAUAAAUUGGGAUUAAUAAGUGGUUUUGAUUACGUAAUGUUCAUAAAUAUUGUUUGUAAUUCAUCAGCUUUAUUUAUGCAUUUGUCAUAUAUUGAAUUCACAAAAUUUUAAAAGUUUUCCCUUGUUAUAAUGUGUGUGUGUAUAUAUA